CCAAUCGAAGUUUAAAUGAAAUCCCCGUCAGCCAAUCCGAGGGUCUGCAGCGGGAAAUGGGCGGGCCUUUAUGAAGUACGGUUCACGGACGUUGUCGCGAACUUUACCGGCGUUCAAAUACCCCCUGGACCCUUGCCGUUUCUUCUGUUACAGUUUCGGAAAAUGGGCAGUGUGUUGGCUGCCGCCUCACCCAGUCCGGCCCCAGCGGCGGCUGGUGGUGGUCAAGGGGUCUCGGGGUUGGUUUCCGUACCCCCCGGCUUCACUAUGCCCUCAGUGUCUUCCAUCCCUCCAGGGUCCGAGUCAGACCAGCAGAAAGCAGAUGCAGAUUCCCGACUCCCAAACCCUGGCACAUACGAGGAGUGUCACAGGAAGUGUAAAGAGGUGUUCCCCAUGCAGAUGGAAGGGGUGCGGUUAGUGGUAAACAAGGGCCUGAGUAACCACUUCCAGGUCAGCCACACUAUUACCCUCAGCACCCUGGGCGAUUCUGGAUAUAGAUUUGGUUCUACAUACGUUGGAAGUAAACAGACUGGACCAGCAGAGUCCUUUCCAGUCUUGGUCGGAGAUAUGGACAACACUGGCAGUCUAAGUGCCCAGAUCAUCCACCAGCUCACAAAUGCCGUACGCUCCAAAAUAGCCAUCCAGACUCAGCAGCAUAAGUUUGUCAACUGGCAAUGUGAUUUUGAGUAUCGCGGUCAAGACUUCACCUCUGCCGUGACUCUAGGAAACCCAGAUGUACUUGUUGGAUCUGGUAUUGUGGUUGCCCACCAUCUCCAGUCAAUUACACCAGCGCUGGUUCUGGGUGGAGAGCUGGUUUAUCACAGGAGACCAGGGGAGGAAGGAACUGUAACAUCCUUCUUAGGGAGGUACACAGGUGACAACUUUGUGGCAACUUUAACUUUAGGAGGUGCUGGAGCUCAUGCUACAUACUAUCACAAAGCUAACGACCAGUUACAGGUAGGAGUUGAAUUUGAAGCCAGCACAAGGAUGCCAGACACUACAACAUCCUUCGGUUACCAGCUGGACCUUCCCAAAGCAAAUUUGCUUUUUAAAGGAACAGUUGACAGUAAUUGGGUGGUUGGGGCAACCCUAGAAAAGAAACUAGUACCUCUGCCUCUUACAUUGGCUUUGGGGGCUUUCCUCAACCAUCGCAAAAACAAAUUCCAAUGUGGCUUUGGAGUCACUAUUGGCUAAAGGCGCACGGGCCGCCCGGAACCAGCUUACAGACCACAGCUUGGACUGGCACAGAAACACACAGGAAGCUGAACUACAUUUUAGGAAUUGGAUUCAAAGACUCUUUUACAACUGUGAUUUCUGGGGCUGAUGGUGACAACAGAAAAAAAAAGGAGAAGUACCUAGGAGCCAGGACUGUCCAAGCCAUGCCUACAUACUGUAGCACAAAUGUCUUUCCUGUGUGGUGUAUUGGAGGGUAGAAUGUUUAUCAGCGGGCUUCAGAUGAUGCAUGACAACGUGACGUGAAAAUUAAAGUAAGUGGUACAGUAAGACAUAAUAUAUUGUCAUGUAUGGAUUGAAAUAAAUGUGAUUACGUUUUCUACAA